ACACCGAUUUAUUUCCAGCACAAAAUUGUAUACAGCAUAUAACGAUGACCACGGCGAAGCGAAUAGUUUCGUCUGUCGAGCCAACAUCACCGGAAACCAAUGCGGGAUGGAUGCGAUCGGCAGUGGACAGAGUAGCACGAACUUGGGUCUUUCAGGUUAUCCUGCGACAGUUGGACACCUUUCUGUGGAUUGUAGAGAAAUCCGCGGAAUGGAGUCUACCUCGAAAUGAAGCCGAAACCGAGGAAUCUAUGAAGACGGAUCUCGUGAGACCACUACCGUGGAUGUUAUUCUUGCCAAUGUUGCUGUUUUUACGUAUGAUACGAACGAGUCUAAAUAUGGUUGCUUUGAUGCUGGGUCUGCCUCGAGUAUCGUCUACCUCAAUGGUGAGAUUCGCGCAGAAGAGCCGCUAUCGUUUGGCAAACAUCGGUAAUACGAGCAGAUCGUCCGAGAAAAUGAGAUUCAAGCGAGACACCCAGGACAAGAGUUUGUCGAUGAACCAGGCCAAGAAGGCCCUGAUCAGAUCCAUUCGCCUGACCUUGUCGACUCUAUCCUGCCUGGACGGAUCCAAACCCUCCCUGUCACCACCGCCCACCAGAAUUCAUAUUAGUGCCCUCGAUCUGGAUGCAGCGACGAGAUCGACCAAGCCUACUCUCGAGGAAAAACAGAGGCAAGAGGUCAAAUCCGACGUUUCGACCGAGACCAAACUGGGAAGAAACGAUCAACUCGUGCCGGAGCUGUGCAACUCUCACGAUGUCAAUAUAACCGAUAAAGCGAUCGAGAGGACAGAGGAGAAGAGGAGCUGCGAGGAGAAGAGCUAUGACGGACGAAAUAAAAACGAGGAAACGACGGAGGAGAGCAAUGUGGAAGAGGACGAGAGCGAUAAGGAGGAGGAGUGCGACCAGGAAAAGGGUGGCAGAAACGAGUACGACGAGGAAGAGGGCAGCAAAGUAGAGUGCGACAAGGCAGAGUGCGAUUUGAUCGAACAGCCCGGCAGCUUGAGCACCGAGGACAAUUCUUCAGAGAAAACGCCCGCCCUCAGCCAGGACAGCGAUGCCCAUUUUUUCUCUCCGGUCGAGUCGAGCGCCUCGAGAUCGAGAAGUUCGAGCAACUCGAGCACCUCGAACGAUAUUCCGAGACAACCGGUUUCAUCCUCAAGCACUUCUCCCGUUCAGAACUCGCACCAAAGAAACACCUUAAAGACAAACGAAUAUGGUAACGGCGACGCGCAUUUCAUCACGAGACAAACAACACCAGAUCGAAAAAUCGACGUGACGAAGAAUCAGACAGGACGAGCAUUCGAAGAGGCCAAUAACGGCACAGUCAUGAGCAAACGCGGUACAAACGCGAGCAAAUAUCAUCAUCAUCACCACCGGGGUAAACGUACGAGUCACGGCAAUCGCAAGAAAAAAUAAUUCGUCGUUUACGGAAACGGAAUAAGUCGGCGGGUGAAAGGUAGAAGAUUACAGAGAGAAAUGAGAGGAAGAGAACGACGUUUGCAACAUUUCCACGAAGCACGUCGAGAAAGAGUGAGAGAAAAAAGGAGAGAGAGAGAGAGAGAGAGGGACAGAUUAUUAUUGACGAUACAGUAUCAGAGGGCCGUAUCGAGUUUAAUCGAUGGUUACGCAAUUACGGUUGGGGAUUGAGAUUUGGGAUAAAGAGAUAUAUUUGCCCGCCAUCACGGUCGCUGUGAUAGAGAGCGGAGCCGAUACGGCGGCUAUCGACAUGUCCGCAUCGAAUUCGAUUUUAAAGAGUCAUCAAAGCCAUCCAAGUUAUUCCUCUAUUAUUACUUGGAGAGAUAAAAGAGCGUUCGCGUAAAACCCGAGAAGGAUAUGCGAUGAGAAAACUGUCGAAACUGUUGAAAACUAUCGAAGAUUGUUUCAGGUAUCUUUUCAGAGUUUUAGACUUUUACGUUAUCCAAGAAGUGUCAUUUGAGCCGCGCCACAACGGCCGAUACAAAGUACGCUGUCGCUAUCGAGCUCUCGCUCGAGCAAUCUCACUUUUCUUUUUUUGAUAAUAACGUAAUUAUAGUUUGCGUGACACGAUAGAGGAAGAAAGAAAGAAAGAAAGGAUGAGAAACGACAAGACAAGAUCGCAAAUUCAAUCGUAUAUCGGCGAGAGACGCGCGUUCACUCGUAUUAUAUGUGACUAGCGCGAUUAGUUUAACAAUUCGUCGAUUACAGAAAAUAACAGCAAAUCAGACUUUAGCUAAGUCAGUUUCGAUUUUACGGAUAUGACAAUUGCAUCUAAAUCGCUUCGAUGUGACUAAAGUACACGAUCAAAGUACAUGAGCACUAUCGUAUUUAGACUAAACACCGUCCAUUGCAAGCGUAACAAUUACGCAAUUCCUCUGUAAUCUUGACCUUGAAUGCUGUUUAUUUUUCGAUAGAGUAAAGCGACUGCGUGCGAAAAUUGCGAUUAAAGUCCGCGUAUGUUAUUUUGAAAACGUUCAUUGCCUCUCUCUCUCUCUUUCUCUCUCUCUCUCUACUUUUCUCCAGUUAUGCAAUAACUACUGUAAUGAUAAUAUAUAUAUAUAUAUAUUUGUAAUAUAAUUUAUGCUACACCGCUUGCGCAAUACGCGUCCUAGUCGGAUAAUACGAAGCGAUCGACAGCGGUCGCAGUCCGGAAGCGGAACUAUCACGUCAUUGUCACGUUCACGUUCAUAUAUUCAUCGGUCAUUCUGCAUCAUUCGUUUAUUCGUCUCGAUAGUCUCGAUAGUCAAACUUGGAAAAUCUGUUCGCGCGCUCGGAUCGUCGACAGGAAACAACGACGUAAUUUAUAAUCCCGAUAUCUUGUCUCGUUGCGAGUACGCGAUAUAAUGUCACCGUUCUUGCGAGAGAUCGAUCAGUUGUUGCUUUAUCGCUGUACUACUACUGAGAUUUUGCGAUAAUAAAUUAUUUAAUCCGA